GGACGCGUCUGCUGGACCUCACCCCAAAACUUAGCAGCAGCCUCUCCCUACCACUGCGGUCGUUAUUCGUGCAUACAAGUCCAAGUAUUGCAAAGAUGGUGACCCUGGACGAGAUUGAGUCAAUGCUGCUCCAGCCGCCUUCCGACGAUGCGCCGCCGCCGGAGCCCCUUGAGCGCGCCAAGUCGGCCUACAAGCCGCUGGAUACCUUCAAGCUCGAAAAGGGCCGCAGUUACCAGCAGCAGUACGCCGACACGUACUUCCUCCGGCUGACCAAGAUAAAGCCUGCCGUCGAGCAGGUCGCCGAGGCCGCGUGGGGGGGCACCGUCAUCGGCGGCGAGACGGCCAAGAAGGCCGACCGCGUGCUGGACGUGCGCCAGGGCGAGCUGUGCUGGGUCGCCGGCACCGUGUACAUGGACAUGUCGCUCAAGCCCAACAUCCUGGACGACGUCUCCAAGGACAAGUGGAUCUCGGCGCCGACGACCGUCGGCAAGUACUUUGACGGCGUCGACGACGCCGACACCAUCAUGCUGGAGGACGACUCGGGGCGCAUCCGGCUCACCGGCGACAUCCUCAAGUCCGUCAUGCUCGUCACGGGGUGCAUCAUCGCCGUCGUCGGCACCGAGAAUGCGAGCGGCGACUUUGAGGUGCUCGAUGUCAAGUUCGCCGACCUGCCGCCGCAGCCCGAGAGGUGGGCGCUGUCGGAGCUGCCACAGAACGAUGCGAAUGGCCCGGCGGCGAAGGGGAAGAAGGCCGCUGCGAGAUCCGAGGACGUCGAGAUGACGGACGCCUCGGCCCCCGGCGGCAGCAGCAGCAAGAUUGCGAUUGUUUCGGGCCUCAACUUUGACGGCAACGACACCUCGUACGCGUUCGAGCUGAAUCUCCUCCUCGAGUACCUCCUCGGCCAGGCCCUGGAUCCCAGCGCGCAGGCAGAAAUCUCUCACAUCAGCCGCCUGAUCAUCGCAGGCAACUCCAUCGCGGCCGCGAACCCACGGUUUGGGGAGUCCGCCGGGGAGAAGAAGGCCGCGCAGAAAAAGUACGGCUACGACGCCAGCUCGUACAACGCAUUGCCGUCGACGCUCCUGGACCGUUUCCUGGCCGCUCUGCUCCGCACAAUGCCCGUCACCGUCCUCCCGGCAGAACACGACCCUGCCAACGCCAGCUACCCCCAGCAGCCAAUCCACACCGCCAUGUUUCCCAAGUCCAGGCCGUACGCCGCCGCGCCGAAUUCCAAACAGAAGGGCUGGCUGGACCUGGUGACGAAUCCGUGGGAGGGAGAGGUGGACGGCUGGAGGUUGCUCGGCACCGGUGGCCAGAAUGUGGAUGACCUUUACAAGUACAUCGACAGCGAGGACAGGGUUGGGAUGAUGGAGGUCAUGUGCCGGUGGAGGUGCAGUGCACCGACUGCGCCGGACACAUUAUGGAGCUAUCCAUUCCAGGACGACGACCCGUUCGUCAUGACUGAGUGUCCUCACGUCUACUUUGUGGGCUGCCAGCCCGAGUUUGGCACAAAAGUCGUCGAUGGCCCUGAUGGACAGCAAGUCCGCCUCAUUGCGGUCCCUUCGUUCUCCGAGUCAAAGGAGCUGGUGCUGCUUGACACUGAGACCCUGGAAGUGUCACGCGUCAAGAUUUCAACGUCAUAGUUUAGUCCUUUCGGUUCCAACAGGGAGGGGCCUCGACUUUUGUCAUCUGGGAAGAUAUGCUGGGGAGGAAGUCAGUCAGUCCAUGAGGAAGAACCCCAGGUAGUUUGCACUUUGCUCACGAGAUUUGUGGCAUCACGAUACCAAUCAACAACAACAAGAUAUAAUUACAGAUUCUUAGUGGCUAUGUGAGAGCGAAGCGGGUGGUGGUUUUGUACAGAAUUGAAAAUUUACACUGCACCUACGAUCUUCCUUAUCUUCCUUCGGCCUGCCUGCACAUUCAGUCCGAGUCCGAGUCUGAGUCUUGGUAAUCGCUGUCUCCAUUGUCGCCAUCACCACUCUCGUCCCCGUCACCGAGUCCGUCGUUUCCAUAUGUAACCGGCAACGAGCCGGCGUGGCGACCAUACUGCCGCGGGACCACAUCGCACCUCUCGAACAAGCCUUCUGCGACGACCUUUGCAGGGUUCUCAACCGCGCGAGUGAUCAGAGAACACAGGUCGUCCAGCUGAUCGGCGGGAGGCUUCGCUGUUCCCUUGUCAAACGGGUUUGGCUCACGUCGCAUGUCGAACUUUUUGAUCAGGCAGAUUGGCUCAGCGACUGGUUCAGCAACUGCCUCAGCCUCGUCUUCAUCCUCUAUCUCAUCGUCGGUCUCAUCGUCAAUCUCAUCGUCGGUCUCAUCGUCGAUCUCAGCCACGGGCACAAGCAAAAACACACGCAGGACAAUGUACCUGGUGUUCAGAGUCUUCAGAGCCUGGACGAUCGGUCCAUUCGUGUAGAAGUAUCCAAUAACCGUCACCGUUUCACCCUCGACUUUAGGCGACACGUCAAUGGUGAUUCUCUCGAGGUUGGUGGUAACGUUAUCGCUCAGCCGCUCGAUCGCGACACCCAUCGCAGUGCAGUACGCGUUCUCUGUCCGGGAGGGCUCGAUCUGCAGCUCGAGGUUGCGAAAGAGGGGCAUGUACUUGGGCACAUUGAUGCGGCAGUUGGAGGACUGGAAAGCAUGGUGCCUGUGUGUGUCGCGGACCAGAUACCUAAAGACAUUCUCACCGUAUAGGUAGGCAACGCCGCUGCUGAACAUCGCCUUGCAGGUUCGAAGGAUGGCGGGGUGGAGACCUGAGCGCUGGUUGUGGUGAAGUUGCGACCAUUGGUGAAGGAGCCGAAUGGGGCCAUCUGCAAGCAGCAAGUAUUUGUAUAUGUUGCAUUGCAGCUCGACAGGCAGCGGGACCAGGAAGCAUUUCGUUCCUAUCGGGAUGUCGGGUCGCUGCUUUGGCCGCAAAGAAAUCCGCAACAGGUCCAGGGGCGAUGCUGCGAGCACCACGAUGCGAGAGGGGCGUGCCGGCUUCUCUCUGGGCUUGGCCUGGACACGAGUCCUCCGAGUGCCAACGGCGCGCUUUCGGACCACGACUUGAGAACCAGACUUGCGUCCUCGGCGUGGCUGGUACUCAGACGACUCAGACUCGUCAGAGGCCUCUCUCUCGAGGGGGGCAGACAAUGAUGUCUUAGCGAGGCCAAGGGCAAUGUUCUCGGUGCCCUCUCCCGCUGGUUCAGUCCUGGAGGGUGAUCCCAGAGCGCCGGAAGCGCCUGGGGACCCAGUUGCGAGCCCAUCACGCUGGAAUGGCAACUCGGUCAUCAGCUGCAUUCGGACAGGCGCCGGAGUAAUUGGCAUCGCACCCUGUGCCGGGGAUGGGUUGCCCUGGGUAGCUGGUUUACUUGUGGGGAGAGGUGUUCGUUGCUGCGGUUGCUCGAUGGCGCGUGGGGCCUUAGGUGUGCCCGGAGUUACCAGGCCAGACUCGUUCCCGACUGCGCCAGGCUUUGCGGUCUUGCGAGCGGGUGUAAGGGGUGUGCCAGCUGGAGUCUUCUCAGAUUCGUCUUCAGAGUCAGACUCGAGCAUGAAGUCGAGGUCCUUGUCGCCUUUAGGCGUGCGAGUGAUGGGUCGUUUCACAUCACGGGGAGCUGGACCACGUCCGUCUCGGGGAGUGUCAACAGCUUUGACUUCAGAGUCGCUGGUGAGAUCAACGGGAGCGGUGUCUGUGAUGAGUCUUGCAGAACGAUUGGCAGAACGAUUUGCAGAACGAUUUGCAGAACGAUUUGCAGAACGAUUUGCAGAAAGAUUUGCAGAAAGAUUUGCAAAAAGAUUUGCACUCUUGAACAGAGGCUUCUUGACCGAAUCCACGUCGUCGCCUGUGAGGUCGAUCACCAUCUUGGGGUCAAUUUGAGGCAUCUUGGUGUCAGUUCGAGGCGGACUGCCAUGGCGCGCCUUCUUGGGCGCCUUGUCACUGGCCAGGCGCUCUUCUGACCGCUUGCGCUUUGCGCGACGGUGACUGAGAUCCGUCACCGGCGACGGAGUCUUCAGUGGAGCCCCUCCCAGUCUCUGUGGAGGGGAGUGCUUGGCUUUGAUACUCGUUCCACGGUUGAGGGCACUGGCACCCUUUCCCGGGCAGUGAAGGGAGUCAUCAUAGGCUGGCAUUGCUGCUGUUUGGUGACAGCUUGGGAAUAGGGUCAGUCUCUGAUGGCAGUAUGCAGUGGCUGUGAGAUGAAGGGGAGGCUACUUACUUGUGGGACAAGGUCGAACGGGCCUGAGUUGUAUGUGUUCCUCAACACCAAGGGAUGAAGAUCACAAUCUGGAUUUGGAAUUUGGUCUGGAGCAGGUGUGUGAUGCUCCCGGAUGGAUGUGACUGAGAAUACAGACAAGAGAUGGUCCUAAAAACAGCAUGGAGAAGGGUUACCUUUGUGUUGUCUCUGGGGCAACAGCUAGGUGUGGUGUGUUGUGUUUGAGAUGAAGAUGAAGAAGGAGUCUGAGAUGAAGGAGUCUGGGGGGGAGAUGGAGUCCGAGAUGGAGAAGCAGUUGGAGAUGGAGAAGGAGUAAACAAACAUGAGUCUGAAGGAGUCCAAGGCGAAAAGGUUGAGUGAUGGUGUCCGGAAGCUGCCGGAAGCUGGCGGGGAGGGGGAUGGUGAUGAGUGAUCGUCCUGACCAAGGUGUGAGGAUGAAUUACUUACUUCUUGUCUCUGAUCCGAGAGGUGAGCGUGGGUUAUGAGAUGAGGGUGAAGGAGGUGUCCAAGAUGGGGGUGAAGGUGUCUGAGUUGAGGAAGGUGUGUGAUGUUGACUGGAAACUGUUGGGGGAUGGUGGUGGGUGACGUCCCAAGUAAGGUAUGAGAUGAAUUACUUACGUCUUGUCUCAAGGCCAAGAGUCCAGUGCAGAGCUCAAGAUGAAC